GUUUUCUGUCGUUCGUGAUGCGCGCGCGUGUUGGGCUCUCUCGCAUUCACUCAGCUCCUAGUCGGUCUUUACUCUGGAUUUUGUUUCUUCGUCUUGUUAAUAUAUCCUACUGUCUUACUGCUUGCUUGCACGUCUCAAAGUCCGCGGGCCAUCAGUAUUGAGUUUCACCUCUACCGUUACUAGUGUAAAACACCGGGUUAGGUACCCAGACCAGAAAGUAAAAGAUGAAGGUGGUCGUUGCGUUGUUUGGCCUUGUAGCUCUUGCGCUUGCGCAAGAGACCUCGAGCUAUACCGGCCCAAUGUUCGACCCGGACACCGCGCCAUUCUUCGGCCCAAGCACCAUCGUCUUUCCAUCAGUCACCGAGUCCGCUCCCGUACUCUCAAACUUACCCACUCUCACGGCGUCGAGGAGCUCUGGUGUCAUCUCCAUGUCUAGCGCUAUGGCCAACUCGACACUCUCGACUUCGACGCUAUCGCGCAACUCUACAACUUCGCAUUCCUCGUCGCAUUCCUCAACGCAUUCCUCAACACACUCCUCUACGUCGGUUAGGACUUCGCGCACAGCGACACCUACGGCUGAUGAGACUACGGCGAGUGCAUCGGCCCCAGCUGAGACGGGUGCAGGUAUUGUAAAUUACCCAGAGACAUUCGGAGCUCUUGUGGGAGGCCUUGUAGCUGGAUUAGCGAUGCUGUAGCAGGCCGUGAUAGUUUUGUGGUAAAGAACGGGAAGCUGAAAAGCAACACCUUAGUAUAAUAGUUGCCGAGAGGUCUAGCGAUGUAUAGGGCCAACAUAAUAGGGUAUAUUGUGAUGUGCUCGU